AUGUUCAUGUCUAGCAAUGCCUGCUCUGUACCCACCACUUUCUGGCUCACGGGCAUCCCAGGACUGGAGUCCCUGCACAUCUGGCUCUCCAUCCCCUUUGGCUCCAUGUACCUGGUGGCCGUGGUGGGGAAUGUCACCAUCCUGGCGGUGGUUAAGAUGGAGCGCAGCCUGCACCAGCCCAUGUACUUCUUCCUGUGCAUGCUGGCUGUCAUCGACCUGGUCUUGUCCACCUCUACCAUGCCCAAACUGUUGGCCAUCUUCUGGUUUGGUGCCCGCAACAUUGGUCUGGAUGCCUGUUUGGCCCAGAUGUUCUUUGUCCACUGCUUUGCUACGGUCGAGUCAGGCAUCUUUCUUGCCAUGGCUUUUGACCGCUACGUGGCCGUCUGCGACCCGCUCCACCACACUUCGCUGCUCACCCGGGCGGUGGUGGGACGCUUAGGACUGGCUGCUCUGCUGCGGGGGGUACUCUACAUUGGACCUCUGCCUCUACUGAUUCGCCUGAGGUUGCACCUUUACCGCACUCAAACCAUCGUCCACUCUUACUGUGAGCACAUGGCCGUGGUCAUCUUGGCAUGCGGCGACACAAGGGUCAACAACUUAUACGGAAUGGGAAUUGGCUUUCUGGUAUUGAUCUUGGACUCACUAGCUAUAACUGCCUCCUAUGUGUUGAUCUUCAGGGCUGUGUUGGGAUUGUCCACGCCUGAGGCCAGGUUUAAAACCUUGGGUACGUGUGGUUCUCACAUCUGCGCGAUCCUGGUCUUCUAUAUCCCUAUUGCUGUUUCCUCUCUCACCCAUCGCUUUGGCCAUCACGUACCUCCUCAGACCCAUAUUCUUCUGGCCAACUUUUACCUCCUCGUCCCGCCCAUCCUCAACCCUCUUGUCUAUGCUGUCCGCACCAAGCAGAUCCGAGAGAGACUUCUCCGUAUUGUCAAGGCAGGAACUCAACCCCAGUGA